AUGUGUGGCAGAUACGCACUGUCGCUGCGCCCGUCAGCAGUCCGUCGCAGACUGCAAGACGAAAACAUGCCCGCCGACGAAGCUCCUGACGACGACGACAAUGACACCCGUCAAACCUACAACUUUGCUCCUGGCAAUCACGGCUUGGUCUAUCGCGCAAAUGUCCCCGACUCGGGAGCUGGUACCCAAUCACAAGACAAAGACAAGACCGCCGUCGUCGAUGACGCUGCUACCACCGAAACUCGCUACAAGCUGCAAUCCAUGAAAUGGGGUCUUAUACCUUUCUGGACAAAGAGACAGCCCGAUUAUGCCAACAUGAUGCGUACUAUCAACUGCAGAGACGACUCUCUUGCCACACCGGGUGGUCUUUGGAACACCAUGAAGCAGCGCAAGAGAUGUAUCGUCGUGUGUGAAGGCUUCUACGAAUGGCUCAAGAAGAACAACGGAAAGGAUCGAGUGCCUCACUUUGUAAAGAGAAAGGAUGGCCAGCUUAUGUGUUUCGCUGGUUUGUUCGAUUGUGUUCAGUACGAAGGCCAGCCCGACAAGCUCUACACCUACACCAUCAUCACGACCGAUUCGAACAAACAGCUCAAGUUUUUGCAUGAUCGCAUGCCUGUCAUACUCGAUGCCGGCUCGGAUGCCCUCAAGACCUGGCUUGAUCCUGCAAGGUCAGAAUGGUCGACAGAGUUGCAAUCGCUCCUCAAACCCUACCAUGGUGAGCUUGAGUGCUACCAAGUUGACAAAGCUGUCGGCAAAGUGGGCAACAACUCUCCAUCCUUCAUCGUUCCCAUUGACAGCAAGGAGAACAAGAACAACAUUGCCAACUUCUUUGGCAACCAGAAGAAGCAGGCCAAGAGUGCCAACGAGGAGAGCAUAGUAAAGAAGGAGGAAGAAGACCUUCGAUCUGCCGAUGCUCAGAUAAAGCAAGAGCCUGACGAAGAACGCACUACUGUCAUUGACCCCCAGAACACAGAAGACAAUGCUCCUCGACCUGAGCCCAGCCACUCUUUGGAAGAUAAAUUGUCGACUGGAGUCAAACGCGAACAUUCGCCUGAUGGCUCCGAUGAUCAAAAACCAUCACCAAAAGUCCAGAAAUCAGGGGAUGGUUCGAGUGCCACCAGUCGCUCUGCGUCUAGCCGUACUAUGAGAAGCUCCGUUACCAACAAUACUCAAGCUAAGUCACCUCCCAAAGCCAAGGAUGGCUCUCAAAAGAUCACGAACUUCUUUGCCAAGUGA